AGAGAAACAUAAGUUUUUGGAGUAAACAAAAUGGCAAAUUGGUCCAUAAUAUUCAUGUUUGCACUAGUACUAGUCCAUGCCACUGCAAGAAAUAUUCCUGAGGUUCAAAAUGUAAACACUAAGACUUUACAUACUAAUUCUCCAACACCAAGCAAAAUUGGAGGACUUAAUGACAAGAAAAAUUUUAUAACAUAUGGUGGCAUAGGGGGUUGUUCCGGAAUUGGUGGAGUAGGUGGGGUUUUGCCAAUACUUGGCGGUGCCGUAGGCGGCGUUGGUGGUACCGCUGGUGGUGUUGGUGGAGUCGGUGGCGGUCUUGGUGGUGCCGGGUUUAAAGGGAUUGGCGGUGGCGUUGGCGGUGCCGGAGGUGUUGGUGGUGGUGGACUAGGUGUUGGUGGUGGAAUUGGUGGUUAUAAAGGUGUGGGAGUUGUUAUUCCUUGAAGUGUUUU